AUGGCAGAGUUUGAACCUACCGUAUCAUUUGCUUCAGAGUUCAACAAUGAAACCCAUGACAUUCCACAUGGGACUGACUUUGAAAGUGACCAAAUUCCAGAUAUUCCAAUUUCUAUUGAGAUGACCAUUUAUAUUGUCAUUUUUAUUCUCUGCUUUCUGGGAUUUUUAGGGAAUGGAAAAGUCAUCUGGAUCCUUGGUUUCCAUAUGAAAAGGAAUUCUUUCUCCAUCUAUGUCUUGAAUUUGGCUGUGGCAGAUUCUGGAGUCCUCAUGAUGGAGGUCUUGACUCAAAUAUUCCAAAUUCACAGUCCAUUUAAUUCCAGAGCAUACUAUUUUUUCAAUCUUCUUUAUUUUGUGUUGUAUAAUACUAGUCAACUUUUACUCAUAAGCAUCAGUGUGGACCGUUGUGUAUCUGUGCUUUUCCCAAUUUGGCACCAAUGCCAUCGGCCACCCAAAUUGUCCCUCAUUGUGUGUGUUAUCACUUGGGUUGUGCCCUUUAUGUACUUCGUAUUGGAAAUGCUCUUGUUUUUUGUCAGCUAG